AUGGCACCUUCGCUACACCCCUCCGUCGACUCUGGCAUCAAGAAAGGCGAUGCCAACAAAGCUGGCGGCAAGCUCUACUGCCAUUGCUCCAACAACAAAGUCGAGGUGACGCUUGGAUCGAACGUUGCUCACAACCAUGCCUGCGGCUGUUCAAAAUGCUGGAAGCCGUCCGGCGCUCUCUUUUCCGUAGUUGGCGUCCUGCCCGCAGACCAGGUCCACGUAACCGCCAAUGCCAACAAGAUCCACAUUGUCGAUGAAGCAGCAGCCAUCCAGCGCAACGCAUGCAAAGAGUGCGGAGUCCACAUGUACGGCCGUAUUGUCAACGACCACCCGUUCAAGGGCCUGGACUUUGUGCACACAGAGCUCAGCGACUCCAAGGGGUGGCAAGAACCUCAGUUCGCUGCCUUCGUCUCCAGUAUCAUCGAGCAGGGCUUCGAUCCCAAGGGAAUGGACGAGGUUCGUCAGAAAUUCAAGAAGGAGGGUCUUGAGUCGUACGAUGUUCUUAGCCCGGCGCUGAUGGAUCUUAUUGCAACAUACACCGCUCAGAAGAGCGGAAAGCUGUCGUCAAAGUUGUAG